AUGGAUCAAGCGCACCCACUGAGCAGUCCAAUGAUUGUAAGGUCACUUGAUGUGUUAAAGGACCCUUUCCGCCCUCGAGAAAACAAUGAAGAUGUUCUUGGUCCUGAAGUACCAUACUUAAGUGCAAUAGGGGCAUUGAUGUAUCUUGCUAGUCACACAAGACCUGAUAUAUCAUUUGCAGUAAAUCUAUUGGCAAGAUUUAGCUCAUGUCCAACUCGAAGGCAUUGGAAUGGGAUUAAACAUAUAUUUCGUUACCUUCAAGGCACGAAAGAUAUGGGUCUUUUCUUCUCUAACACAUGCAAGGAAGACUUAAUUGGAUUUGCUGAUGCAGGAUAUUUAUCUGAUCCUCAUAAUGCUCGAUCACAAACUGGAUAUGUGUUCACAUGCGGAGGUACUGCUAUUUCUUGGCGUUCUAUGAAGCAGACUCUUGCAGCUACUUCUUCUAACCAUGCAGAGAUUUUAGCUAUUCACGAAGCUAGUCGCGAGUGCGUGUGGUUAAGAUCUGUAGUUCAACACAUCCGAGAAGAUUGUGGUCUUUCUACAGGAAAAGAAGCUCCAACGGUCAUGUAUGAAGACAAUGCUGCAUGUAUCGCACAACUGAAGGAUGGGUACAUCAAAGGCGAUAGAACGAAGCAUAUUCUACCAAAGUUCUUCUUCACCCAUGAAUUGCAGAAGAAUGGUGAUGUACGUGUUCUGCAGAUUCGUUCAAGUGAAAAUUUGGCGGACUUAUUCACCAAGGCGCUUCCCACCACUACUUUCAAGAAGUUAACUCACAUGAUUGGAUUGCGUCGUCUCAAAGAUCUCAACGGAUGUCUCAUUAGGGGGAGUAACUGCGCGCUACACUCUUUUUCCCUUAACUAUGGUUUUUCCCAUUGGGUUUUCCUAGUAAGGUUUUUAAUGAGGUAG